GUUUCAGUUACAGGUAUCAGCAAAGCGUAUGACUUUAAGCGACAAUUGAUCGGGGCUGUGAUCACUACUAGAUUGUAUCCAUGGCGGGGUUCAAGCUGAAUCUCUGGUUUAAAGUAUGCUUAUUAUCAGUCAUCUUAUCGUAUACCAGCGUCAGUACGAUCGAAACACCAGAACCUUCAUCUCUACUACGGCCACGUGAUAUCAAUCCACAUCCUUACGGAAAUGCCUACGAUGGUGUCAGCAUCUUUGAUAAAAAUCUCGUCAUCAACAGUGAAAAGUUCAUGGACAACUUACUGAACCAAGCUCCCAUCCAGUUCCCACGGAUAACCAACAGUGCUGCAAUGAAUGCACUGCCCCAUCCAUAUGAGAAAUUCGCUCUCAAGGAACGACUCGCCAAAACGGAACGCUUUUCCGGGGCAGACAAUCAAAUCGUCAAACCGGCAUACAGGGCCCUUGCCAAGCAUGCAGCGCGUGUUCUGAAUCGUCAAGUAGGAACGAGUUUCGCUGACGAUGAGAUUGAUAAUUACAAUGAAGCAACCAAUCUUAAGAAACAUUACGCUUUCUCCUACACGGUGAAGGACUCAGCGUCGGGUGACGAUUUCUCGCACAGUCAGCAACAGCAUGUCGAUGGAGCCGUUAAAGGUAGCUAUAAUGUUCAACUGCCCGAUGGACGAAUGCAGAUCGUCAAAUACAUUGCUGAUAAUAACGGCUACCGAGCGGAUGUGACCUACGAAAAUGAACAUAAUCCGAAUACGAUCAACCACGUGACUGCGGCUCCUGCAGUGGUUCAAGUUCCAAUCUCAGUGGUUCCAGUAUCCUCUCCUCUGGAAUCAGCGCAGCCCAUUUAUAACUACUACAGAAGACUUCAACAACGACAGCAGUACGUUCAUCAGCCAGCUCAAAUUCAACAAGCUCGCCCUCGACAGGCCAUCUAUUAUGCUCAGGCUACACCUACACAAAUCCCUUCUCCAUACUACCCAACUCAACUGCGAGUCAAUGACGUCAAGAUUCACAGCUACAAUACCGGCCCGCAUGCAAAUAAUCUCAUCAGAUCUACUAUAGCUCCGUCCCACAGGGCGUACAUAGCUUAUCAACCGGCCUCGAACAUUGCGUAUGUAUCAUCAACUCCAAACCCAGCUCAAAUCCAAUCCAACACGCUUGCUCGAGCUGGCCUCAUCCCGGUAGUCGUAACAACUGCCCAACCAGCGGCUUAUCCCAUCUACAGGGACAUUAACGUAACCCCACCUAGCAUAGGACCAACUGUUCGUCGUACCACCAUCUACGAUAACCGAGGUCCUGUAAACUACACUCCGGUCGCACCUGUGCAGAGCAGUCAAACCGCGCCAGACUACGAUUACGUACAAAUUCCUGCCAGCAACCACGUGUAUAAACGAAACACCGACAAGGACAGCCACGUGACUACAAGCUCAGCACAAUAUCAGGGCAAAAAUAAGUCCUCGGAGUAAUGCGCACGGAGACGCAUUCAAUGAAUAGCAUCAUAAAACAUAGUUGUAUGUGUGGGGUCGUAACAGCCCCGCAGAAACAGUAUAUCUCUACAAUAUUGUAAGAUUAAAGAAAUCACUUUUAAUUUCUACCGCAACGUCUAUUGUAAAUAGAAACUUCCCAAAAUAAACUCAA